AUGCCCAUGAGAUUGCGAUGUCAUCAAACACAGCAGGUCGUGGAUGACAAUGUGGUCGAUGGCAUAGAAAAUGACCUCAUGAUGAGGAUGAUAAUGCCCCGAGCUGAUCCCAUCCCGAUAUGUAGCUUUUGUUUGGGAACGAAAGAAUCAAAUCGUGAAAAAAAGCCAGAAGAGCUGUUGUCUUGUGCAGACUGUGGCAGCAGUGGACAUCCAUCAUGUUUGAAAUUCUGUCCUGAGUUAACAACAAAUGUGAAGGCCUUAAGAUGGCAGUGCAUUGAAUGCAAGACGUGCAGCGCGUGUAGGAUCCAAGGCAAAAAUGCAGAUAACAUGCUUUUUUGCGAUUCCUGUGACAGAGGAUUCCACAUGGAGUGCUGUGACCCACCACUUUCCCGAAUGCCAAAAGGGAUGUGGAUUUGCCAGGUCUGUAGACCAAAGAAGAAAGGGAGAAAGCUACUUCAUGAGAAAGCUGCCCAAAUAAGGCGACGAUAUGCAAAACCCAUUGGACGGCCGAAAAAUAAACUAAAGCAACGAAUGUUGUCUGUAACCAGUGAUGAAGGAUCCGUGAAUGCAUUCACAGGAAGGGGGUCACCUGGUAGGGGUCAAAAGACUAAAGUCUGUACCACACCUUCAUCUGGUCAUGCUGCAUCUGUGAAGGAUUCAAGCAGCAGAUUGCCUGUUACAGACCCCACUCGGCCUGGUGCCACCACCAAAAUCACCACCACCUCCACCUACAUAUCUGCCUCUACACUUAAAGUUAACAAGAAAACCAAAGGGCUCAUUGAUGGCCUUACUAAGUUCUUUACACCAUCACCUGAUGGUCGCAGAUCACGAGGUGAAAUAAUAGACUUUUCAAAGCACUAUCGUCCAAGGAAAAAGGUCUCUCAGAAACAAUCAUGCACUUCUCUUGUGUUGGCUACAGGUACCACACAAAAGCUAAAACCUCCACCUUCUUCACUUCUAACCCCAACCCCCAUCUCUGGUCAGAGCCCCAGUUUGCAAAAAUCCAGCACUUCUGCUUCUUCUAACUCCCCCCAGAGUUCUUCCAGUCAGUCAAGCAUACCCUCCUUUAGUAGCCUUCCUAAUAACAGUCAGCUGAAGGGACUCUUUGAUGGACUCUCUCAUAUCUAUACCACUCAGGGACAGUCUCGAAAAAAGGGGCGCCCAAGCUAUGCACCACCCAAGCGUUUGCGUCGUAAACCAGAAUUCUCUUCCACAUCAAAAUCUAAUAGCCAUUUUUAUGCAAAGAAAGAGGUUAGGAGUGGGUUUAUUUCUCAUGCUUGUGCCUCUGGAUGGGGUGUGUCUAGAGGACAUGCUUUUAAAGCGAUUGCUCACCUCAAGAGAACAACUUUCCUUAAAAAGCACAGGAUUCUAGGCAGAUUAAAGUAUAAAGUGACCCCUCAGAUGGGCACCCCCUCACCAGGGAAGGGGAGCUUGGCAGACGGAAGGAUUAAACCUGAUCAGGAUGAUGAUACUGAAAUCAAACUAAGCAUCAAACAAGAAAAUACGGAUGUAUUUCUGGUGGGAAGCAAGGACACUGUUACGCAGGAGGAUUUGGAAGUAUUUAAGCAGGCUCGAGAACUUUCCCUGGAGAAAAUUGGGUGUAAAAACACUGGUGAAACAAGUGGGCGAUACCCUGCAGUGAUUGAGUUUGGCAAAUACGAGAUCCAGACCUGGUACUCUUCACCUUACCCACAGGAAUAUGCAAGAUUACCAAAGCUUUACCUGUGUGAAUUCUGUCUUAAAUACAUGAAAAGUAAAAACAUUUUAUUAAGGCAUUCAAAGAAAUGUGGCUGGUUUCAUCCUCCAGCCAAUGAAAUCUACAGAAGAAAUGACCUUUCAGUAUUCGAGGUUGAUGGAAAUGUGAGCAAAAUUUAUUGUCAGAAUCUUUGCUUGUUAGCUAAGCUCUUUCUGGACCACAAAACCUUGUAUUAUGAUGUCGAACCAUUCCUCUUCUAUGUCCUUACAAAAAAUGAUGAGAAAGGCUGCCAUUUAGUUGGAUAUUUCUCAAAGGAAAAGCUUUGCCAGCAGAAGUACAAUGUCUCCUGCAUAAUGAUCAUGCCCCAGUACCAAAGGCAAGGAUUUGGAAGGUUUCUCAUUGAUUUCAGCUAUUUACUUUCUAGAAGAGAAGGUCAAGCAGGAUCCCCUGAAAAGCCAUUGUCUGAUCUGGGUCGUCUCUCCUACUUGGCUUACUGGAAAAGUGUCGUAUUAGAAUACCUUAACUGCCACCACGAAAAACAAAUCAGCAUCAAAGGAAUGAGUCGAGCUACUGGAAUGUGUCCGCAUGAUAUUGCCACAACCCUGCAGCAACAUAGCAUGAUAGAUAAAAGAGAAGAUAGAUUUGUAAUUAUUAGAAGGGAAAAGCUGAUUUCAAGUCAUAUGGAGAAACUGAAAGCGAACCCACGUAUCAAUGAAGUAGAUCCUGAAAGCUUGAGAUGGACUCCUUUGUUAGUUCCUAAUGCUGCAGUUUCUGAAGAAGAGAGAGAAGCAGAAAAGGAGGCUGAGCGUCUGAUGGAACAAGCUAGCUGCUGGGAAAAGGAAGAGCAAGAAAUAUUCUCCACGAGAACUAAUAGUAGGCAAUCACCUGCAAAAGUACAAUCUAAAAAUAAAUAUUUGCGAUCUCCAGAAAGUGUGGCAGUGGUGGGAGAGCGAGGGCAAUCCACAGAGCAAUCUAAGGAAAGCAGCGAGGAGGAUGGCGGGGAUGAGAAUCAGCAAAGUUCACCUCCUCGGCUGACAAAGCCACAGUCGCUGGCCAUAAAAAGAAAGAGACCUUUCAUACUGAAAAAGAAAAGGGGCCGUAAACGCAGAAGGAUUAAUAGCAGUGUUACAACAGAGACAAUUUCAGAAACAACAGAGGUGUUGAAUGAGCCAUUUGAUAACUCAGAUGAAGAGCGUCCCAUGCCACAGCUGGAACCUACCUGUGAGAUUGAUGGGGAAGAUGACGACUUGAAGCCUGUGAUUAGAAAAGCUUUUGAGUAUCAACCUGGGCAGCAGAAACAGGAGAAGGAGGAGGAGGAAGAGCAGAACAAGGAGGAGAAAGAUAUUCGAUGUUACAGGAGUGAUGACAGUUGUACAAAUAAUACAGAGGAUGUAGCUGUAUUGGAAGAAAGCACUAAAGACAAUCUUGAACCUUUAAAGAGUAAGCAGGGUUGGCCCAAAGGAGUUAAGCGUGGUCCAUCUAAAUGGAGACAAAGCAAAGAAAGAAAGCCUGGCUUUAAGCUUAAUUUAUACACCCCACCGGAGACUCCUAUGGAGCCUGACUAUCAGGUGCUGGUGGAGGAACACAAGGAAGUAGCUGAAGACAAGCCCUGCUCGGUUUCUGUUGUUACGGAGGAAGCCACUAAAGAGCCUGUUGAAGUAUUACCACCACCAGAUGAUGAGGCAAAAGAGGUAGAGCCUGAACCUCUGCAUCCACCUAGUGAACCCUUUGAAAAGCAAGAAGAUGAUACGGUGAAAGCUGGGGAAGAGGAAAGGAAUGUAGAAGAAGGUGGAAUCAAUUCAAAAGAUCAAGAAAAAGACAAAGCAGAAGAGGUGUUCCUGCAAAAAGAGGAGUCUGUGCAUUUGGAUGAUCAGGAGGAGGAGGAGGAUGAUGAUGAAGAACCUUCUCACAAUGAGGAUCAUGAUGCAGAUGAUGAAGAUGAUAGCCACAUGGGUUGAGCAGAAGUGGAGAAAGAGGAAUUGCCUGGUGAAGCUUUCAAAGAAAUGCUGGAAACACAGCAAUCUUUUUUAGACGUAAAUGUUCAAACUGGUAAUUCAAAUCAAGAGGACUUGAUGCAUUGUGGUGUUGACCUUGCAGCUGAUGAGUGUGAAAGCGACCAGAAAGAACUUGCUACAGAUUCAGACCCGGUGCCUGAAUCUGACGAUGAUCAUACAGAUAACAACCAGGACCAAAAAACUGGUGAAGAAUUACAUUCCGAUUUCAAGGGAGAGAAUACUGAGAACAUGGAGAUUGAUUCAGAGACGGUUCAAGCAGUACAGUCUCUAACCCAAGAAGCAAGUGAACAUGAAGAUACAUUUCAGGACUGUGCAGAGACUCAAGAGGCCUGUAGAAGUUUGCAAAACUAUGCUCAUAAUGACCAAAGUCCCCAAAUGACCACACUGGAUGACUGUCAGCAGUCUGACCACAGUAGUCCAGUUUCAUCUGUGCACUCUCAUCCCAGCCAGUCAGUUCGUUCUGUUAGUAGUCCAAAUGUUGCUCCUUUAGAGAACAGCUACGCUCAGAUCAGCCCAGAUCAAAGUGCCAUUUCUGUGCCAUCUCUACAGAACAUGGAGACCAGCCCGAUGAUGGAUGUUCCCUCAGUUUCUGAUCAUUCACAACAAGUUGUGGAUAGUGGGUUUAGUGACUUAGGGAGCAUUGAGAGCACAACAGAAAACUAUGAAAACCCAAGCAGUUACGAUUCUACAAUGGGUAGCAGUAUCUGUGGAAACAACUCUUCGCAGAACAGUUGCUCGUACAGUAGCCUUACAUCUAGUAACCUAACACAGAGUAGCUGUGCAGUGACACAGCAGAUGUCUAACAUUAAUGGAAGCUGUAGUAUGAUGCAACAAACAAACAUCAAUUCUCCUCCCACUUGUAACGUAAAAUCUCCCCAAGGUUGUGUUGUUGAAAGGCCUCCAAGCAGCAACCAACAGUUAUCCCAGUGCAGCAUGGCCGCUAAUUUUACACCACCUAUGCAGUUAACUGAAAUCCCCGAGACUGGCAAUGCCAACAUUGGAUUAUAUGAAAGAAUGGGGCAGAGUGAAUUUGGAGCGGGGCAUUACUCACAGCCAUCUGCCACCUUUAGCCUUGCCAAACUGCAACAGUUAACUAACACGCUUAUGGAUCAUUCUUUGCCUUACAGCCAUUCAGCUGCUGUAACUUCCUAUGCAAACAGUGCCUCUUUGUCCACCCCCUUAAGUAAUACAGGGCUUGUUCAGCUUUCUCAGUCUCCACAUGCUGUUCCUGGAGGACCGCAAGCACAGACUACCAUGACCCCUCCCCCCAACCUAACUCCUCCUCCCAUGAAUUUGCCACCUCCCCUUUUGCAGCGUAAUAUGACUUCAUCGAAUAUUGGAAUAUCCCACACCCAAAGACUGCAGACUCAGAUGGCCAGCAAAGGUCAUGUUUCUGUAAGAACCAAAUCCACGCCUCUGCCACCUGCCGCUGCAGCCCAUCAGCCACAAAUUUAUGGGCGUGCUUCACAGACUGUGGCCAUGCAAGGGCCUACGCGGACCUUAACGAUGCAGCGUGGUAUGAACAUGAGUGUAAAUUUGAUGCCAGCCCCAGCUUAUAAUGUUAAUUCGGUGAACAUGAACAUGAACACCCUUAAUGCUAUGAACGGUUACAGUAUGUCCCAGCCGAUGAUGAAUAGUGGAUAUCAUGGUAACCAUGGGUAUAUGAAUCAAACGCCCCAGUACCCUAUGCAGAUGCAGAUGGGGAUGAUGGGAACUCAGCCAUAUGCACAGCAACCAAUGCAGACAGCACCCCACAGUAACAUGAUGUACACUCCUCCAGGGCAUCAUGGGUACAUGAAUACAGGCAUGUCUAAGCAGUCUCUUAAUGGAUCCUACAUGAGAAGGUAGGCCCUUUGGAGAGACAGACUACCAAACUGGCGUAUUGGAUUGAUCUGCACAAAUGUCUUUUGGAGAGUACGAUUUCAAAACCAGCAAUUGGUGUGAAUGCAAAAACAUUUGUUGGCACCAUUUAAAAGCUGUAUGCAGCAGAAAGCCUUAUACAAGUUUUUCUUUUUUCUUUAUUUCUUGUUUUGGUUUUUUUUUGUUUUUUGUUUGUUUUUUUUGGUUUGUUGUUUGUUUGUUGGUUUUUUUUGUUUUUACUUUGUGGGAUUUAACUUCUCUUUUCUUUGGGGGAAAUUAGGUGAUUUUCCAUUUUUUGUUUAUUUCAUUGAGCUUGAAGUUCUCUGGAAAGGAAGAACUCUUUCUACGAACUGCAAUUACACAGCA